AUGCAGUGCUCCUGUGCAAAUGGCUGUUUUGUUGAGGUGCAGCUUGUGGCCCGUACAUUGUGGAGUGGUCACCUUCCCAGCGACCUCACAUUACAGGACCUUUCAGAGUGGUGGCACUCUGCCUCCUCUGCAUGUGGUUUAUCCUCGCAGCAUCGAGUGUUCUCUGGACCUUUCCCGCAGGAUGCGGACACUUGCCUUGAGAUAAUCGCAAGCCAGGCAGGUGCGAGAGUGAUCCGAAAAUCAGGUGCCCUUCUGCUUACCAUCCACCCUGCCCUGCACGGGGGCGGUGUUAAAGAGGAGAAUACCACCUUGGCAAAAACUCGGGUCGCUGCACUGUUGCUUGAGCGCGGGGUUGGUCUCCCGGAGACUACCGUUACUGUCGAUGCCCUCGUGCCGAAACUGGGCACCGCCGCCUGCUUGAAAGCUCUCGCCUCAGGAGAAACAUUGCUGCAAUGGCAACAGCUGCAGGAGGCUGCGUCCACCGUUGGUGUCCAGCUACCGGCUGGAGAUAACCGGGCCGAACGUGCAGCUCAGCGUCUCCAAAAGGCAGUGCGCCGCAAGCGUCUUGAGAAGCCCUCUCCGGUCAAGGCUUCGGACUUUCUGUUGGAGCCCGAUUCUUGGGUAGGCAUUGAUCACCAACCUGUCCCAAUCCUGGCCAGCGCUGCCCAUGAUUGCACUGGUGUGCUCCUUCUGGAUGCUUCUGAAGCUACAGGAGUGGACCUUGAUCUGCUUCGAAAUAUUGAAUCGGACGCGCUGUGUGUCGUGAUUCCCGGGCACACCUGCCCUGACCCUGACUCCUGUGAUGGAAGAGUGAGUGCACCUGUGAAGCACCGCGUGAGUGGACACCGCCACCUGCUGGCGGCUUGCUAUCACAAUUUGGGAGAAACCAACAUCUCCCCGCACGUUGCCCAUGGGUCAGAGGUUUCUGUUCAGGGUACCACUUGCUGCGCCUUCUCCAUGUACCAGGCUGAUUUCACUGAGGUGGCAUGGAAAGAAGUCACCAAAGCUCCCGUUCGGGCCGCCAAUGAGGCCUUCCAGUCCCGCGGCAUGCAGCAGGCCAUUCACAGCCCUUGGGGCCGCGUCUUUAAAGCUGCUGGACGUCCCAGCCAGCCGCACUUGUGUGAUCAGUGUUCCUUCUUUGCAAAGGUCCCUGACCCGCUGCUCAAGAGUCUCAUGCAGCAGAGCGGGUUUAACAAUGUCUUCGUCGUCCCACGCACAUGGGACCGUCAGCUUCUUCCUGGUUGGGCGGUUGUCUGGGUCCCAGGUAAUAGAAGUGAUGUAGAGAAGCAAAUCAGCCUGAUUGCUGAGCAGCAUGGUCUCGUGCGAGCUCGGAACAGAUUUGGAGUUCGGGUCCCCACUGCAGUUUUUGACCGCAUCUACAAGCAACUGCGCCCGGGACAGGAUGUCCCAGUGAAUGUUCAGGUGAAGGUCCUGUACAAAGCAGGCCCAUUUCCUGCUAGUGCUGCGGCUGCGGACAUCGCUGAAUGGGCGCGGCAGCUCCCCUGGACAGUGCGUGUCAUGAAAACAUUGGGCCCAGAGUUCUGGCUGUUGGGAGCCGAGGCCAUACCACCUGCACAUACAGCACAUUUCAAUCAGACUCCUAUCUUGAUUUCAGAGGUCAAGAGCCGCGCAGCGCAACAGCCAGUGAUCCAGGCUGGUGGCCCUCUCCCUCGUCCUUCCUCUUCCGCUGAGGACGGUGUGCCGCCCGACCCGUGGCAAGAGCAGGAUCCGUGGAGCCAGUACCGGGCCAGCAAAGCAGGGGAGACUGGCGGGUCCCGCCGCCCCACUGUGCCUAAAGCCGUUGAUGAUCAGCUACAUCUUCGUGUGCAUACUACUGAGUCCCGCCUGGCGGAACUUGAGCAGAAUGUGCAAUUCUUGAAAGAAGCCCAGGCAAAUGCUGAUCAGGAGCGCCUCCAGGACCGCCAACAAGCCGCUCAGGAUGUUCAAACUGUCCGCUCUGAACUACAGUCCUUAGGGACAAGUCUGCAACAGCAGUUUCAGAUGAAUCUAGACGGAGUUCGUCAGGCCCAGCUCCAACAGGAGCAGCAAAUGUCAGCCGGAAUGGCCGAGCUGAAAAACCUCCUGCUUGCCUGCAACGACAGCAACAAACAGCGCAGGAUGGACCACGAUUUGUGA